AGGACGUGCUUCCGGCUCGGAGAUGACGUAUUUCCGGCUCGCCAGUGUCUACGCCGCGUCCCGGGAACUGGGCUCUCUGGCUGACGAUCUCCGCUGCUCUGGAGGAUUCAGGAGUGACCCUAAGGCACAGCUGAUGAAACCAUGACCAGGUGGGCACGAGCUUCUACGACUCAGAGCAAGAGACCCUUGCCUGCAACAUCAUGGGAGGACAUGAAGAAGGGACCCUUUGAGGGGCAGAGCCAAAACCCGCCAAAGAAUAAGCAAGAUCAGAGGCUGCCCAUUAGAAAUGACACACCCCAGGCAAAGCACAAAAAGAACAAGAAGAAAAAGGAGUAUUUGAAUGAAGAUGUGAACGGCUUUAUGGACUACCUCAGACGAAACUCACAGACGAUUCACAGCGGGGAGCUGACAGCCACAGAUAGUCAGGAAGUAAGGGAAGAGAUUGCAGUGGCUCUGAAGAAAGACAGCCGUCGGGAAGGAAGACGAUUAAAAAGACAGGUGGCAAAGAAAAACGCAAUGGUGUGUUUCCACUGCAGAAAACCUGGCCAUGGAAUCGCAGACUGCCCAGCCGUCCUUGAGAAUCAAGACAUGGGCACUGGCAUAUGCUAUCGGUGCGGUUCCACAGAGCAUGAAAUAACCAAGUGCAGGGCCAAAGUGGAUCCAGCUCUUGGUGAAUUUCCUUUCGCAAAAUGCUUUGUCUGUGGAGAGAUGGGACACCUAUCCAGAUCUUGUCCUGACAAUCCUAAAGGAGUUUAUGCUGAUGGGGGUUGCUGCAAACUGUGCGGCUCUGUGCAACACUUUAAGAAGGACUGCCCGCAAAGUCGGAGUUCAGAUCAAAUGGUUACAGUGGGCCGGUGGGCAAAGGGAAUGAGUGCAGACCACGAAGAAACGCUGGAUAGGCCUGAACCACAGAAACCCAAAACAAAGACACCAAAAGUCGUUCACUUUUGACGGCAGUCAGUGCCGUUGUCAGUUACCUCCCAGAUACUGCGUCUGCCUCAUAAGCAGCAGGUCUAGAUCCCAGAUCCCAGUAGAACCGAGUGUGGUCAGCUUCCGAGUUCGAACCAUCAAGCAGGCCUUCCAGCACUGUUCGAGAAGAUCACGGAACGAAAAUGCAUAUCUAUAAAUAUCGGACUCUCUAAAGAAACUUGUUUUAUAUCUGAUAGAACUUGGGUGUGACUAAGUGGUUAAAUACUUGAUUGUAACAAUCAUCUCUUCUUAAAAACAAAAUUAUGCAUUCGUGUAAACCACAUCUAAACUAAGGGUAACUGCUUUGCAGUGGGAAUUAAUUUUUGGAAAAUAUCAUUUGAAAAUGAAUUUUUAGGGGGGAGUUCUAUGUUGUUUUCUUGGCUCAAAGUAUUCCAAAUACUCCAUUUAUUAUUAUAAUAAAAAUGUGUAAGUUUCCAAAA